UAGCACUGUUAGAAAGACCAAAACUAUCCGCAGGCACGGGCGGUUCUACCUUUCCAAACUUGGCGAGAUCCUGAACGGCUUCUUGCACUUCCUUCAAGCGGUUGCCAAUGGUGUCGGGCUGCUUCACGACCUUGAAGAUGGCGUAUCCGAGCGCACUUUCGUGCAGCAGGUAGUCCACAGACAUGGUUGCACGGCUGGCUUGUCGCAGCUCCUGUAGAGUGCGCGAUUGAUCGGGGGGGUGUUUUGUAGCUGCUGCCGGGUGCGCAAACAGAUGUCGAGAGGUGCGCGCGGUCGGACGUUUUUCUUCGCAGUGGGUAGCUCGAGUUUGAGAGAGCUAGGGCCGCCGAACUUUUUUCAUUCGGACGUGGAACAACUUGGCGCCGAAAACCGCGAACUUUCAAACUACGCGACGUACGCGAGGGUCGACCAGGCUUCCGCAACAGCAAGAGACGCCACGCCUCUACGUUCCUUCCAAACCUCCAGAAAGAAUCGCCGUAACCAUGUCGGCUGCACAACUACUGAAUCCGAAGGCCGAGUCAAGGCGGCGCGGGGAAGCUCUCCAAGUCAACAUCUCGGCCGGCGAGGGCCUGCAAAAGGUGUUGGCUUCCAACCUCGGACCCCGUGGUACCCUCAAGAUGCUUGUCGAUGGUGCAGGUGGUAUCAAGCUCACCAAAGAUGGCAGUGUGUUGCUCAAGGAAAUGCAAAUCCAAAACCCGACAGCCGUCAUGAUCGCACGAGCGGCAACCGCACAGGACGAAAUCACCGGCGACGGAACCACCUCGGUCGUGCUAUUGGUCGGCGAGUUGUUGAAGCAGGCGGAUCGCUACAUCGCAGAAGGCCUCCACCCAAGAGUCAUCACCGAUGGCUAUGAGAUCGCAAAGACUGAAUCACUCAAGUUCUUGGACGAGUUCAAGCUGAACAAGGAGGUCGAUCGGGAGCUCCUUCUCUCCGUUGCGCGGACAUCGUUAGCCACAAAGCUGGACAGCACUCUCGCCGAGCAACUGACUCCGGAUAUCGUUGAUGCCGUCCUUGCCAUCUACCAAGCCCCCGCAAAACCAGAUCUGCACAUGGUUGAAAUCAUGACGAUGCAGCACCGCACCGCCGCAGACACACAGCUCAUCCGCGGCCUGGCACUGGACCACGGCGCAAGACACCCCGAUAUGCCGAAGCGUGUUGAGAAUGCUUACAUUCUUACACUCAACGUUAGUCUAGAGUAUGAGAAAUCCGAGAUCAACUCUGGAUUCUACUACUCCAGCGCAGAGCAGAGGGAGAAGCUUGUUGAGAGUGAACGGCGGUUCGUGGAUGAGAAGCUCAGGAAGAUCGUGGAACUAAAGAAGGAAGUCUGCGGCAAUGACCCCAAGAAAGGCUUCGUGAUAAUAAAUCAGAAGGGUAUUGACCCGCUGAGCUUGGACGUGCUGGUCAAGAACGGCAUUUUCGCGCUUCGGAGAGCUAAGAGGCGGAACAUGGAGCGUCUGCAACUUGUCUGUGGAGGCACCUCCCAGAACAGCGUCGAUGACCUAACUCCCGAUGUGCUAGGCUGGGCAGGUUCCGUUUACGAGCACCAACUCGGCGAGGAGAAGUACACAUUCAUCGAGGACGUGAAGGAGCCCAAGUCGGUCACACUUCUGAUCAAGGGACCAAAUUCGCACACUAUUACUCAGAUCAAGGACGCAGUUCGCGACGGACUGCGAAGUGUGUACAACAUGAUCGUAGACAAGAGUGUAGUCCCGGGAGGCGGAGCUUUCCACGUCGCCUGCGCGUCGCGUCUAUUGAGCGAGAGCUUCCGGAAAACAGUCAAGGGCAAGGCGAAGUGGGGUGUCGCUGCAUUUGCCGAUGCGUUGCUCGUCAUUCCCAAGACCCUCGCAGCAAACUCGGGUCACGACAUCCAAGAUUCACUGGCUGCGUUACAGGAUGAACACGCCGAGGGCAACGUUGUCGGCUUGAAUCUGGCUACCGGAGAGGCCAUGGACCCCAUGCAAGAGGGAGUCUACGACUCGUUCCGAGUUCUGCGCAACGCCAUCGCUUCAAGUACCGGCAUUGCAUCCAACCUGCUGUUGUGCGACGAGAUGCUCAAAGCACGACAAAUGGGACGGCAACAGGGACCAGUAGAGGAGAACUAAUGAAGUUACGAAGUCUAGCCUUGUGUAGCGAAGAACUGCACAACGACAGGAACUGUAUAAAUGAAUACUGUGGCCGGAUGCGGGGAUGCGCUCGUGAAAUUGGCCUCGUGAUUAAUAUAGCUACGGGCAUGGGUAUUUCCCCACAAAAUUUAAGCUCAUGCGGAUCAAUCCCCUUCUGG